UUUUAUGAGACCGACGGACUCCGUCAAGCUUGUGAUAUAUUGAAACUAUUUUAUCCGUUUUAUUAUCAGAUUAUACUUUAAACCAUGGCAGAUGGUGUGCAAAUAUUAAGACGCAACCGUCCUGGAUCUAAAGCAAAAGACUUUUGCCGUUGGCCUGAUGAACCUUUCGAAGAGAUGGAUAGCACUUUAGCCGUACAACAAUUCAUACAGCAAACAAUUAGACGAGAUCCGGCCAAUCUUGAAGCUAUUUUGAAAAUGCCUGAGGCGCAAGACGAAGGUGUUUGGAAGUAUGAACACUUAAGGCAAUUCUGUAUGGAACUAAAUGGUCUAGCAGUCCGCUUGCAGAGUGAGUGUAAACCAGAAACAUGCACACAAAUGACUGCCACUGAGCAGUGGAUUUUCCUGUGUGCUGCUCAUAAGACACCUAAGGAGUGUCCUGCUAUUGACUACACAAGACACACCCUGGAUGGUGCUGCAUGCUUGCUAAACAGCAACAAGUAUUUUCCUAGCAGGGUGAGCAUCAAAGAGUCAUCGGUGGCGAAAUUGGGUUCAGUAUGUCGCAGAGUAUACCGAAUUUUUUCACAUGCAUAUUUCCAUCAUCGGUCAAUUUUUGAUGCUUUUGAGAAGGAAACUCAUUUGUGCGAAAGGUUUACUUAUUUUGUCACAAAGUAUUCAAUUAUUUCUAAAGAAAUAUUGAUUUUGCCAAAACUUGAAGGUGAGGUACCUCUCCCUCAAACUGCUGGAGAAUCAGAAGCCUGAGAUUCAAAGAAAUAAUUCACUUGUGUUGUGAAUUAUUUGUACUCUGGUGAUCAGUAAAGUGGAAGUUUAGCCAUUAGAGCUAUUUAUAUAGAGAAAAAGAUGCAUCUUGGCAUUUAAAACUAUCAUUAAUGUAUUGAUAUGUUAGUGCAGUGGUUCCUAAACUUGACUGGGACUCGCCAUCUCUAACAAAAAUGCCAAAUUCGGGGCCCACCUUUUGGCCGUUUUAAAAAACGGGGCAUAAAAUAUUAAUGGUAACACUCGGAGAGCCCAAUUGGUUGGAAUGUCAUCUUAUGUUUCACCCCAUUUGGUUCGCCCACCAACAAUAGGUCGUGACCCAUACAUAGUUUGGGAUAUGCUGCACAUUUUACCUAGUUCUGCUAAUGUUUCUUUUUUAAACAGCUUGCUACCUUGCUAUAAUUCAGGCUUGGUUUACACAAAGUUGUAGACCAUAGCCUGAUGGAAUAUUGUAAUGUUUUUUAGACAUUCAUAACCACCAUAGGCUGUAACAGGUUUAUAAAUUCUUUGAGUAUAGGAUAACUUUGAAUAAUGAGAUGUUAUAUAUUCCAUUGUAACCAAAUAAAGUAGAAUCUCUUAUUCUUUGUAAGUGUGUCAUAAAAUAUGUAUAACCCAUAUAGAUAUGAGAAUGAUUAUCUUUAUAACAACUAGUGUGCACUCUAGCAGAUUGUAAAGUAUUUCAUAACAUUUCAAACAAAUGGAGCACCCAGCCUAGUAACUUUGGACUUUAUGAAGAGGCAGUU